CGCCACUUCCGUUCCGCCUUGCGAGUGGAACUCGCGAUGCGGCCAUGGCGCGCAACGCGAGCUUCGCGCUGUAUGAUGCCUUGGAGCUAGCAAGAGAUGCCAGCCCAGCAGAGGUGAAGCGAUCCUACAGGAGGCUCGCCGCGCUGCACCAUCCGGACAAAGGAGGGGAUCAAGAGAGGUUCAAGGAGGUGAGCUUUGCCUAUGAAGUGCUCAGCGAUCCCGAGCGGCGGCUCCAGUAUGAUGAGAAAGGAGACCGGCUCUUCUACACCGGCCCGCCUGCGAAUGCUGAGGAGCUGGCCGAGAGGCUCUUCCAAGGCCCUGGUGGGAAGCGACUGCGAAAGAAGACCAAGCAGAAGUUCGUGCCACUCUCGGUGUCCUUAGAGCAGCUCUACCUUGGCUCCACGGAGAAGCUGUUCGUCUUGCGGAAGGUCGUCGACACCUCCGAGCCCG